AUGGCUUUGUCAUUUGCUUCUUCUUCAAUUAGUUUGUCCAAGAUGCAAUCAGGGGUGUGGAACAGUGGAUCAUCCUGCGUGCCACGAGUAACUGUGAGGUGCUGUGAAACCGCAAAAGAGCCUCCACGGGAAAAACCGAAGCUCCAAGUCGGAUCGCCAAUCAUCAUCGUGGAAGCCCCCAAAGUGAUUAAAACAGCCGCUUCAAUGCCUUGUCUUAGGGCUAACGCUGGCUUGGUCAAGCCUGGUGAUGUUGGAAGGAUCGUCUCGAGAAAACCUAAGGACUUGUGGGCAGUUCGACUCUCCAUUGGAACGUAUCUCUUAGAUGGUAAAUACUUCAAAGCUUUAGAGCUUGAGGAAGAUGCUAGUGAUUGA